AUGAAGCCGGCUUACAGUCUCACACAUCGGCUUUAUUCCGCAAAGCAGCACCGCUUGAACACAACCCCUUCGCCGACUGUAAACGCAGGAAUUGACCCAUUGCAGUGGAUAUUACUCCAUUGCAAUUUCUCCUCGUUCCUGACAAUCAACAUCGUGAGUCUCGUUCGAAGAGUCUGGUACAGCAUUGCCGAAGGUAUGCGGCGCCCCACUGAAAGCCGAGCGGAAGAACCAGUGGCGGACUCUGGAAACAGGGCCGAAAGCAGACAGAAAGAAAAAAUUGCAUCACGUAGAAAGCGGAUUCUGGCCUGUUUCUAG